AUGUCAAAGUCAUUAGUUGUUGAAGUACAAAAAAGUGUUGAUGGAGAUUCUGCAAUGUUUAUGUCAUAUGAAUUUGAUAAAUGUUAUUAUACUGAUGAAUUUGAGUCACAAAUGUUUACACAUGAUGGAGAUCAAAUUACAAUUGAUUAUUAUGCUGAGUCAUCAUCAUGUUCAGGGAAUAAAAAAAGUGAAACAUUUAAUUUAAAUGAUAAAAAGUUUAAAGAAGAAAUUUGUGAUGAAAGUGAAGAAGAUGACUGUGCUGUUGAAAUUAAAAAAGCACCAAAACAUAUUGGGUUUAAAGGAGAAGGAGAUGAUGAUGAUAAUUGUUCUCAUCGUGAUGACACAAUUAGACUUUAUUAUACUGACAAAUGUUUUAAAUGUUCUGAUGAUAAAUAUUGUAAUUAUGAAGUUGACAAUGGAUGGAUGUAUUUAAAUAAAUAUCCAAAUGAUAAAUGUAAUAGUAAAGAAAGAACAAAA